AUGUCCUCACCACUUGACGCAGAUGCCAUGAAUCAGCUUCAAUCGGAGCAGUCGGAGCUGCUGGACAAAAUUGACGAACUGCGAGCGAUAGGCGUUGGAGGUCUUGUGGAGCUGCCUCAAAUCAUCGUCUGUGGUAAUCAGUCCAGUGGUAAGAGCUCUGUACUGGAAGCUAUCUCCCGGGUUCGCUUCCCUGCCAAAAGCAAUGUCUGCACUCGGUUUGCGACCGAGGUUGUUCUUCGUCGAAGUCCACGGGAUAAAAUCAGUGUAUCCAUUGAGCCUGGGAGUUCUAGGACGAAUAAGCAGGAGUUGCAGAAGCUUCGAGACUUCACCUCCGGAACCUUUUCCUCCAGUGGAGAUCUUCCCACACUAAUCGACCUAGCGAAAAAGUGUAUGGGACUCUCCAGUGCCGAUUCACCCAAUUCUGGCUUCAGCGAUGAUGUGCUCAAAGUUGAAAUCUCUGGCCCAGAACAGCCAGACCUAACCCUUGUCGACCUUCCGGGGCUCUACUACUCUCAUAGUAGUGAGCAAAGCGAGGAAGGAAGGAUGGUAGUUCAGCGGCUGACCGAGAAGUACAUGAAAAGCUCUCGGAGUAUUAUUCUGGCUGUAAUCAGCGUGAGGGCCGACUACCAUAUCCAACGGGUCUUGAAUAUCGCGCAAACCUUUGACCCAAAAUACGAGAGGGCUUUGGGGAUCGUCACCCAGCCCGAUAUUCUCGAAGCUGGAUCAGACGAAGAAGAGAAUUAUCUACAGUACAUCAAGAACGAGAAAGUCAAGUUGCAACUUGGGUGGCAUGUGUUGCGCAACCGAUCUUUUGAGACGCGCAAUAUCUCCGAUAAUGAGCGAGAUGCCCAAGAAAUGGAGUUCUUUGAAAAGGGAAAAUGGACGUCCCUCUCUCGGGAGCAAGUUGGAAUCGAGAGCUUGAGGCGUCGUCUCAGCAGCAUCUUACUCAUUCAUGUCCGUCGCAACCUUCCCGGUCUCAUUGCAGACAUACAAGAAAGGAUUUCGCAGAACGAGCAGGCACUAGCGAAGAUGGGCACAUCGCGUGCAACGCUUCAUGAGCAACGGCAUUUUCUCAUCAACAUUAGCAGCAGAUUUGCGCGUAUCACAAACCAGGCCUUGAAUGGAGCAUAUACUGAUGAAUUUUUCGGUGGUUUCCAAGAUCAAUCUACAAGCACCGGGGAAUUUGCUUUCCGCCGGUUGCGCGCCGUCAUUCGCGAGCUCAAUGAGCAUUUUGCAGAAGCCAUGGAUGUUCGUGGGAGUCGAGAUAUAAUAGCACAAGACUUUGGAGACAGAUUACCUCCCUCUCAGCUUGAGCAGGCGGCAUUGAAGCCAUACAUGGAUGGGUGGACACCAAGUUACAUUUCCCCGGAGAAUCUCGAAAAUAAGAUCAAAAAGUUGGCCCGCGAAAGCCGAGGACUUGAGCUCCCAGGCAGCCCAAAUCCGCUGCUUGUAGGACUUAUGUUUCGUCAUCAGUGUGAACCCUGGGAGAGCAUAGCCAAGUCUCAUAUUAUGAAUUCCUGGGACUCGGUCCAGUACUUUAUUCAACUGGUGUUGCGAGAUAUCACGGACGAUCAUACACGACCUUUGCUCAUGAGACACAUAAUCUCACCGGAGUUGGAGGGGAUGAAGGAAUCUUUGUUGAACAAGCUCGAUGAGUUGACUUCGUACAUCAAAAGUGGCCAUCCACUACCCGUGGGGAAUUCGUUCAUUUUUAAAAUCAAGGAGUCCAGAGAGAAACGGCAGCUUGAUGCUCUUAAGCGGAAUCUUGGCUUUCAAAAGCAGUUUCUCUCGAAAGAGGUUCUUGAGAAGACAAUCAAUGUCAAUGACUUGGAGCGAGCUGCAUAUAAAUUGCAGUCUUUCAGUGAUCAAUAUGCUGUGACAGAGAUUGUUGCUCAAAUGCAGGCAUAUUAUGAUACCGCAAUUGUGACGUUCAUCGACAAUGUCGCCAUUUUGGCAAUCGAAAAUUGCCUUCUCCGCCCCUUGGAGCAAAUAUUCACCGGCCAAACUGUACUUGAUCUGGAUAAUAACAAAAUUUGCAAAAUUGCAGCUGAGCCGGUAACCACCCAGAGAGAUCGUGAACGUCUCACUGGAGAGCUCGAAAAGCUGCGGAAGGGAAGACAAGCAUUGAAUGCCUUCAGUGCAGAUGGGUCAUCACUGAGUGCUCCUCCUAUAUUGGGUACCCAAACAUUCUACCCUUCAUACGUCAAACGGCGUGUAGCUGAUCAGGACACAAUUCCACCAGGACAAGCGGCCCCCCAAACUUCAACUCCUGUCUCUCAACCCAAGACAGGCAAUGUUCAGUCUGGAGGGCGCCGUGUUCCUAGUCGAGCUCCGGAAUCAAAAACACCGCGAUUGGGCCUGUUUUCACAACCUUCAUCGACCACUGCGGGCUUGUCGAGUGUCUCUCCCGCCGUCACUUCAAACCAAUAUAGGUAG